AUGGAGUACGACACCAAGACACCACUCUCAAGCACCAAUGACCCGACUUCGUUUGCAUACAUAUCUGCGAGAGAACGAUGGCCAAUCAUCUUGACUGGAGCGAUUGAUGAUGUCCAUCGCGCUACAUCGAAAGCAACCGAGCCUGAAAAGACCCAGGWGGGGAAGAAAAUAACCGAAAGCCUUGCGGCAUUGAAGCCACUCCCUGAUGAUGGCGGAUCCGAUAUCGCGGCCUACAACAAAGAGCUAGAGCAGCGAGACAACCCCAGAUGGCAUGAUGUAGCAUGGCUUUACGCCGAAUGCUAUCUCUAUCGACGACUCGCAACUAUCUUUGCUCAAACACAGCACUGGAAGAGAUAUGACGUUUUCUCCAAGCAGAAAAUGUCCACUUUCCGCUCUUCACGACCAGCGGUCCUGGAGCUUGCUGCUCGAUACAAUGAUCUCAUCAAGCAGCUGCAGUCCGACAAGUCCUCACUGGCAUCGGCCUCUGAAGAGGAGCGCGAGGCAGCUGAAAAAGUCCUAUUCGUGGAGAUGUGCGAGAUAUGCCUGUGGGGUAACGCGACUGAUCUUUCGCUCCUCACAAAUCUCAGCUACGACGAUAUCCAGAAGCUUCAGGGGUCCGAGGCACGCAAGGCAAACGAGAAGAACAUUCUUGUAAACAACUUCGCUGAAGCUUUCUCUUGCCUCAAAACGGCCCAGAAGUCUGGGGUUAAAGAGCGUAGGGUCGACAUCGUCCUGGACAAUGCUGGUUUCGAACUUUUCGUCGACCUUGUCCUAGCUGGCUACCUCCUUCAAUCUGGACUUGCUACGCAUAUUGUCCUGCACCCGAAGAACAUUCCUUGGUUCGUUUCCGAUGUCCUACCAAAGGAUUUCUCCGACCUGCUCACUGUUCUUGUGAAUGCGAAGAGCUUCUACGAAACUCCUUCCGAGGAGGACGAAUCUCAAGGUGUUACACCACAGGCUCUUUCGGCAAAGGAAGCCCAAGAUUUGCAAGCGUUGUUUGAGAACUGGAGCACACUCUAUGCCGAAGGCAGCAUUGUUCUCCGUCCGAAUGGAUUUUGGACGGAAGGUGGCAGCUACUGGCGUCUUCCAAAGACAGCUCCAAGCUUGUACGAGGACCUCAAGGAGAGCGAGUUAGUCAUCUUCAAAGGCGACUUGAACUACCGAAAGUUGACAGGUGACGCUGUGUGGGAUCCGACAACAAGUUUCGCAGAAGCACUCGGGCCGAUGGGCCCUAGCUCUGGUGUUCGCGUCCUCGCUUUGCGGACGUGCAAAGCAGAUGUUGUUGUCGGCCUCCCUAAAGGCGAAGACGAGCGGCUGAGAGCAAUGGAAGGAGGAGGUGGCGAUAGCGGCGCGAGAAAAUGGGCCUGGAGUGGCAAGUGGGCUGUUGUCAGCUUCAACGAUGGCAAAGCUUGA